CUAAGCUUGGUUAGUCACACAGCUGCAGGGGACGAGGGAGGACGUGCUCGACCUCUCUAUACUCAUCACUCUAAGAAAUAUCACUCCAGAGAAUUCCAGAGAAAUGAAUAAGUUGUGUGUGUGUGUUGCGGUGCUGAUGGUCGGGGCGGCCCUGGCGGGUGACAUGAUGAGGAAGUCGAUCGUGUUCGACAAGGCGACGCCCGAGGUGUUCUACUGCCCUAUCGACAAGCCCACCUCCUUCGAGAAGAUGUACGUCCGCUCCAGGCCUCUCAAUAAGCUGUGCGAGUUCGACGGGAAACGGCUGCCUGAGGACUACAAGAGCGACUGUUACAACGAUGUUGACGAGAGCGAGUAUGCCUGCAAGGAGAAGAAACGUAUCAUGAUGCGAAAGGUGAGUGAAGAGGAGACUGAGGAACAGGAGCUGGCCCUGGCUGAAGCUACGCAACAGGCUAACAACAACAACAGUGUUUAAAAGACACACUAACUCCCGGGCCGCCCCCUCUCACACCAACCUAUCCUGCCACCGGACAAAAGGUUAACUCACUCUCUCUCUUAGUGUACAAGGAAAAACGGUAUCCAUGCACGCAAAAACACAUGCCACGUACAGGAAAUACAAGCCACAUUCGGUAAACACGAACCACGUUCGGAGAACACAAGUUAACGAGCAGGGGAAUACAAGUUACAUAUGGAAAAAAAAAAUCACGUACAGAAAUAUUAGUGUCUACCGAAACGCAGACACGAGGAUAAGGACGCGUCGUCGAUUCGUAUCAUCGCUAAAAGCAUAUAUAUCUUAACGCCUAAAUUUGCAAGUAUAAAAAGAAAUACAAUUUUGUUCAGAUUUCAUGAUUGAGGCUCAGAUAUCAAUAAUAAAAGUAGCAUUUUGAAUUGUAAAAACUAAAAUGAUGAGAUAAAUUUUUGACACCGUCCUUCUUCCUUAUAACAAUCUUAGAUACACUGAUGUAACACAGUGAAUCUAAGACGUUUGCGAACCAAACUAUACAACUUAUUUCUUGCAUGUUGUGGCUAUCAAUAAUACUGUCCAACAUAGUGUUCUUAAAUGCAAAAAGUUAGCCCAGUUAUCUGCAUUGCAAAGUCAUAAUUAAAUGGUGUUAGAAACUGUUAUAUAUAUGUAAACAACACUGUACAUGUGGUUUAAAGUCCCGGGUAUUAUAUCAGAACAAAACAAUAACAGAGAGAAAUAACAGGUUAUACAUCUGAUACCUACAUAACCAAUUGUUUAAUCACCCUAGAAACACGCAGAGUAACCCAAGUAACGAGGAUAUAGCUUGAUGCCAAACCAUCGCACAUUUGGUGCAUGCUUAGUUAAACACCCAUGAUACCUACUAGUCAGGCCUGCUGAUCUACUAGCCUGGCCUGCUGAUAUACUAGCCAGGUCUGCUGACCACCUCUCUCCUCCCGUCAGAUGCGACUCAAUCCUCCUGGCAGCGAGAAUGCUAAGAAGUAGACUCAAGUUGAGGAAGACAGGUCUGAAGAUUGCCAAUGUCAUGUUUGCUCGACUCAUUAAAUAAGAACAGAAUAUUUAUAAAUUAUUUAUAAUUUCUAAGCAUCCAUCAUAUAGUAUAUUCCAAAUGCAUUGCAAAUAUUUUGCUAUAACUAACCUGUAAUCUCUCCCCCCUUCUGUUUGGUAAUAAAGUGUUUGUAUGUCAUGAUGUGAAAUGUGGGUAAAUAUAGGGGAGCCACAAUCAAGUGUAGUCAAUCAAUCAAUCAAUCACAAUAAACCACUUUGUAGCCAAAGUUAUUUUUAAAGAUUAAUAUGAAGUUUCACAUCAUUAGUUUAUAGUAGUUAACUGUGAGCAGUGUGUUGUGUGGAUUUCAAUAAAAAGCCUAAAAAUAUAAAAAAACUGUGUACAAUUCGAGAUAUUAAUUACAGCUAUAUUGUGCUGUUCAUAUGACUUAUGAUUAACCAUUUGGCCAGAUGAUUUAGCGAGCUAUGCAAUGAUCAUAUUAAAGUUUUUCAAACAAAUAAUAAGAUAUAUAUCAUGUUUAUGCAGCGAAUAAAUAUGACUUGGCUCCAUGUAAGCGAAUUGCAUACACUCCGGCUAGGGUCCAUGCAAGCGGUUUGUUAUAUACUCAAGGGACUCUUUAUAAAUGUAAACACACCGAAUUGUAUUGCUUCACAGUAUCUUCAUUACGCACCGACGUUUAAUGACAUAGAAAUAAGUUGCUUACUAAUGCAUUUUAAGUAUUUUGGGUUAAUUAUGAUAUUUGGUGUGAGGCUACUUCAUCAACUGGCCAAAUGGAGGGUGUUUGCGCGACUCCACCAGAGUCAAGAUUGAUCAAGCACUUCUGGCGUCCAUUAACGAAACCUGUGCGUCUCUGAGAAAAGAUGUACAGGUUUCGUAACAUUGGACACUUAAAUGCUUGAUGGAUCUACACACAGUACUGGGCUUUUGGGACAACGUGACGUCACCCUGUGAUAAUCAUCUUCCUCCUGCUCCUAAUCUCCCUCUCAGUCAGAGAUUCUUAUGAUUCUAUUUUGUUUAAUAUUUUGUGUGGAGAUGUAUGUACUAGGGAAGGGGAUGUCCAGAAACUUAAAAAAAAAAUGAAAUACAAUAAAUUU